GGCCACCCUUUUCCUCUGUUUCCAUCAUACGCGUGUACAGCUUGCCGUAGACGCGCUGAAACCUGGGUAAUACAGUCAAAGCGGCGGGAGAGCGGCAAUUUAUUCCCACAUUUAUGAGCAAUUGAAUGAUAGAAAUAUUGUUUUGGUGAGUAGUGUGAGCCUAGUCCUAUAAGUAAGGCCUGCGUUUCGUGAAAGCACAGGUGUGUGAUCCAUAAUAAUUGUGGUAACCGCUUGUGUUGCGAGAGUGUUGCUUUUUAAGGUUCCCCGGGAAACUGCCCCUUCUUACCGCUCCAGAAAAUAUGGCGAAGGUACAGGUGUUGAAUGUGGCUGUCCUAGACAACCCGAGUCCUUUCGGAAACCCCUUUCAGUUUGAAAUAACCUUUGAGUGUAUGGAGGACCUUGCUGAAGACCUGGAGUGGAAGAUCAUCUAUGUCGGCUCAGCAGAGAGUGAAGAGUACGACCAAAUCCUCGACUCGGUGCUGGUUGGCCCAGUACCUGCUGGGAGACACAUGUUUGUGUUUCAGGCGGAUGCCCCAAACACUGGAUUGAUUCCUGAAAGCGAUGCAGUUGGUGUUACAGUAGUGCUCAUUACCUGCACGUACCGCAGCCAAGAGUUCAUUCGCAUUGGUUACUAUGUGAACAACGAAUACACAGACCCAGAGCUGCGUGAAAAUCCUCCAAUCAAGCCAGACUACACACAGCUGCAGAGAAAUAUUCUAGCUUCAAACCCACGUGUCACCAGAUUCCAUAUAAACUGGGAAGGCUGCGCAGAGCGUAUGGAAGACUGUGAAAAUGUGGAUCCUUCUUCAAACUCCAUGCUCCCGCCAUCCUGUCUCCCUGGCAAGGCCCCACCUUUGGGUGUACUCCCAGAUAACUCUAUGGACUGCUUAUAAAGAUGGCCCCUGCCCUAAAAAGGUGACGAUUCACAGCCUGAAACCUUACUUUUGAACAAUGCCUAUGGACAUUCAAGUGGGAAUAAAGGAUUUGUACACAUCCCUGCCUUAUAGCUGCCCUUUAUUUUCCCGAGACUUCUCAAACAUGAGUUCUCACCCUGGGUUUCAAACAAGCAUUUGUUCCAAGGAAGAUUAUGAGUGUCUGACUGGAAUGAGUGUUAUUUAUAGUUGGAUAGUUCUUUCCAGUGUUGAAAGCAAUAUUGCAGGAAACCUCAAAUAUGAAGCGAUAAAACGGAACUGAAACGUAACAAAGCUGUUGAAUGAUCCACCUUACUUCCUUUCUUGGUGCACAAUGGACUUGUACCUGUUUAUAAAGAUUUCAGCACUGAAGCAAUAGGCAAUUAAAUUGCAGUUUGAUAAUCUGCCAUUAUAUUUGUGUUCACAGUGCACUUACACUUACUUUUCCCAUUUGACUGUGGAGUUUUGUAUUACUUAUAUCGCUUCAUGGUUUUUUCCUCCUUUUAUGUUGUAAUUUUGUGUUCCAAAUAAAAGAACGGUGAUUUUGUUAUA